GCGAGCUGGGAUGCGCACGAACAGUGAAUGCGUUUCACAAACUACUGGAGGUUAAAAUGAUUCCCAGUGACCAUCGGGUGCCACGCAGCUGAUCUCGCGACCCUCUGGUUCGAUUAUAAUCGAUAAGCAAUCGAUUCCCAGCCAGCGGAAUCCAGAAGCAGGUUUAGACUUUAAACCGACCGAGAUAAUUAUCUUUCCUUUCGAGAUGGUGAGCGAUCUGCAGUGAUGGAAGCGGUGCAGACUGUUUCCCUCAUGCUGCUGUUUAGCCAAGAGAAAUUGCGGACCUCAGCACCUGGGCGACUUAUCGUCGGAAAACCAGCCCGUCUGACCUGCUCGCUCAAGUUGUUCAGCCUGAAUUGUUCAGCUUCCAAUCUGAAACUGAAUUGGGCUCAAGACGCGGGUUCGCCUCCGAUUCUGUCAGACGCUGAACCUACGCAAAAAAUCAGGAAAAACUUCGUGGGUUCCUGGACGGUUUCAUCAACUUUCACCCUCACCCCGUCACUGGAUCACCACGAGAAAACGCUGACCUGUGAAUUUAUUGGUGCUGAUGGCUGGAGAAUAGCUCAGGAAGCUGUUCGACUGGAGGUUCAGGAAAAGCCCACAAUAGUAUCAGGUCCGACCUGUACCACUUUCAAGAAUGGGGUUGUUUGUACCUGCAGUGUCAGAGCCAAUCCCCUAGCAAACAUCACAUGGAACCUCAGCGGGAGAAACAUCACUGGGAACAGUUCAGAGGUUGGAGUCCACUCCUGGACGGUGGAUGGUGGCUUGGUGAAUAGUUCCCUCGUACUGAUUCGCCCAACUGGAUCUGAAAAGCUGAUAUCGUGCAUUACAGAGAACGAGCACGGUGUCAGUGUGAGUGAAUACUGGUUCCACUUACCAGUACAUCCUUAA